UUACACAGGUCUUACUGCAGACGGCGCUGUGACUUCACGGUGCAUUCAUAACAAACCCAGAAGAACAGUCUCUACGGUGUGUUUUUUCGUGGAUGGCCUCUUUUGGAUUAAGCCUGUCAAAACUCCACCGAAACGAGAGAAACGUGCUAUAAAGUAACUGACUGAGUAUUGAUCUAAACAGACAGUCGCUGUUCCUGGGUCCCUCAGAAAUACAGUUUUCACCAUGAAUGAAAUUACCAUAGUCAGAGAGGGUUGGCUACACAAAAGAGGUGAAUAUAUCAAAACAUGGAGGCCUAGGUAUUUCAUCCUGAAGAGUGAUGGUUCUUUUAUCGGCUACAAAGAGAAACCUGAUCUAAGUGACCAGGCUUCACCACCACUUAACAAUUUCUCUGUGGCAGAAUGCCAAUUAAUGAAGACAGAAAGACCCCGGCCCAACACUUUUGUCAUCCGUUGCCUACAGUGGACCACUGUCAUUGAACGCACCUUCCAUGUGGAUAGCAAUGAGGAGAGAGAGAAAUGGAUGCAGGCAAUCCAGUCCGUGGCAAAUAACCUAAAGAUGCGUGAACAGGAAGAUGAUGAACCAAUGGAUGUGUUUGGUUCACCUACCGACAGCAGCCUGGAGGAAAUGGAGGUGGCUAUGUCCAAGAGCCGUACCAAAGUGACAAUGAGUGACUUUGAGUACCUGAAGCUGCUCGGCAAGGGGACAUUUGGUAAAGUAAUUUUGGUCAAAGAGAAGUCCACUGGAGUACAUUAUGCCAUGAAAAUAUUACGCAAAGAGGUCAUAAUAGCAAAGGAUGAGGUGGCCCACACAGUGACAGAGAGCAGAGUGUUACAAAACACACGACAUCCCUUCCUUACGACACUCAAACAUGCCUUCCAAACCCACGACCGGCUCUGUUUUGUUAUGGAGUAUGCCAACGGAGGCGAGCUCUUUUUUCAUUUAUCACGAGAACGAGUCUUCACAGAAGACCGUGCGCGCUUCUAUGGUGCAGAAAUUGUGUCAGCACUCGAGUACCUACAUUCACGAGAUGUUGUUUAUCGUGACCUGAAGUUGGAAAAUCUAAUGCUGGACAAAGAUGGGCACAUCAAAAUUACUGAUUUUGGUCUUUGUAAGGAGGGUAUUACACCUGAUGCUACGAUGAAAACCUUCUGUGGAACCCCAGAGUAUCUGGCACCUGAGGUCCUAGAAGAUAAUGACUACGGCCGGGCUGUUGACUGGUGGGGUUUAGGUGUAGUCAUGUAUGAAAUGAUGUGCGGCCGUCUACCUUUCUACAACCAGGACCAUGAGCGUUUGUUUGAGCUGAUUCUCAUGGAAGAGAUUCGUUUUCCCAGGAAUUUGUCACCAGAGUCCAAAGCCCUGCUUGCUGGCUUGCUUAAGAAGGAUCCAAAGCAAAGGUUAGGUGGCGGUCCCAAUGAUGCCAAAGACGUAAUGGGUCACAAAUUUUUCAUUACCAUCAACUGGGAGGAUGUGGUACAGAAAAAGCUAACCCCACUCUUCAAACCGCAAGUGACAUCAGAAACAGACACUCGCUACUUUGAUGAAGAGUUCACAGCACAGAUGAUUACCCUUACUCCUCCAGACAAGUAUAAUAGUCUGGAGUGUGAGGACCCCAGCCAGCAAGCACAUUUUCCCCAGUUCUCCUACUCUGCUAGCAUCAGAGAAUGAUGCAUCUUUGACAGGCACACAUACACAAAGCAUGAACACCUUGGUCACAUCCCUUCCAUCUGUAAAAGGACCAGUACCUCUUCUUUUAAUAAGGUUUUGGUCUCGGCAGGAUCUCAGGUGUGACUGUAAUGUUCAGUAGGACCCCCUGCCCUCCACACUACAGACAAGUCCUGGCCCAGUCAUUGGCUGGAAUAUAUUGAACUGGAAUUUAGUACCUCACAUAGGCAUGAACAUGAAAAGGAAAUCAAGAAUGUGUGUUGCACCUUCAGGUGGCCUAUAACCUGCUGCUGCUUUUUUCAGGCUGCAACCCCCAGUGAUUUUUGUAAUGCUCCACGCUCUAUGAGAAACAGAUGGUUUCCUCAUGGUAUUUCAAGUGCUCUUCUCUGGAAGUAGCUGUUACUACUGUACACUAUACUAAGUGUGUGUGUGUGUGUGUCUUUCUCUCACUCUUUCUCUGUGGGUGUCUUUGUGGGUCCGUUUAUGUGUCUAGUUUUCUUUUCUUAAAAAGAGGUUUUAAGUUCAAAGUUAACAGCGGUUUAGCCUGACUGGACGGGAGCUGAGUUUGUAUGUGUGACAUGUCAUAGAACAGGACACUUGUCAGAAGUAUGAGGAGCUGUGGAAAUGUAACAAUCGGUAAAGCUUUGACAAGAUGAAGGGUAUGCAAAGAAAACAAAUAAGAAUCUGCCAUGUGUGGCACAAUAAUGAACUAUAAAGCACAAGCAUGAAUUGUAUUUGAAUGUUUGAGUAAACGUUUGGACUGUCUUGUCAAGGCUUACAUUAGCAUCAGGUGGUUGGAAUACAAACCUAGUGUAAUAUUUCCAAUUGAUCCAUUAAUGUUAUGCUUUUAAGCGUUCUUGACCUACAGAGCUUUGCCAUGGCUGACACCUCAUGCAUUUUCAUCCCAUCUUCAUGGAAAACAUUGUGUAGGAGAUCUAACCGCUGCUCUCCACAGAAAAGAAAAGCUACAGGUGUUGUUCUGCAAACACAGUGUGUCAUGAACAUUGUCCAUUGUGGCAUUUUGAGGUUAAAUUUAACUUGGAUGCCUCAUCUUUAGUCAUUACCAAUGUGAAAUGGUACCGAGGAUGAUACGACGCAUCGGUGCUUCACUUCGUGCAAAGAUCCAGCUCAACUCCACAUAGCCUGUUUUAGAUUGUUGUUCUUCUCCUGCUUUGUUUUACUUUUAGCUUAAAAACAUUUUCAGUUGAAUGUAAUUUUAAAAGGCAGUUAUUCAAUACACCUUUAACUGUUUUACUACA